AGUUUUGUUUUCUUUAUGAUUUCAUUUGUCGUGUGUUACCCACGUAUGUUUUCUCAAAGGGGUAUAAAUAACCAUGUAUUUAAACGAAAAAAUGAUUAAUAAUCUACAAUUAAAUCUGGUGGGGAUUACGUUAAGUAUAUAUACGAGGUGUGGUUAUUAAGUAACGAGACUAACGCUACUACAUCGAUUGCGAUGUCUGUCGUGUCUGUAGACAAACCAGUGUAGCUGUAGCCUUCCCACAUGACAAACAUAAAUUUUCCACGAAAAUAGCUUGUAACGAACGAAAUUUGCAUUAAAAUAAACUAGAUUUGUGCGUGUCUAGAAGGAACUGACAGAAAAAGACUUUCUAAUAUAGCAAUUAAAGACAUCUCUAGGUCAGACUAGGUACUUUUGGAACGAUUCUCGUAUUAGGAUAGCGUGGAUUACUUUGGGAAUUGUUUUAUUUAAAAAAAAAUAUUGUAAUCACCCAAUUUAUGUUUUAUUUGUUUAUUGACAAUUUUCAGAGAACUUAGAGACUGAAUUAUACUAAAAAUAUUCAUUUAAAGCGAAUAAAUAAUAAAAGUUGAUAUAUUGUAACGAAUAACUAAAAAUUUAUACCGUUUUAUGUUAUUUUUUUUACUGCAAGUUACGCUACUGCUAAUUAAAAUUCUAGUAGCUUCUAUUUUAAUUCAAAUUUUACCAAAAUUCACUGUGUAUCGAAACUCGAAUAGUACGACUUAGUAAAAAUGAAAGUAUCUAGUCAAUCGCAUGAAAAUCCAACUGAUUACAGAGAAAUCAAACUUCCGGUUCCGUGGGGUCACAUUUGUGGAAAAUGGUGGGGACCCACUAACGUUCAACCGAUCGUUGGUAUCCACGGUUGGCAGGACAACAGCGGCUCUUUCGAUAAAUUAGCGCCGUACCUCGUAGAACGCGGUUUGUCUUUCUUCUGCAUCGAUUUACCCGGCCACGGUUUUUCGUCUCACAUCCCGCAAGGUCUCGUGUACGAUCACUACUUCGACGGGGUGUAUUACGUGCGUAGAAUCGUGAAAACCUACCGUUGGAACGACGUUACCUUCAUAGGACAUUCUCUAGGCGGUUGCAUAAUAUUUUUGUACGCGUCGAUUUAUCCCCACGACGUCUCCAAGUUCGUCAGCCUCGACACGUGCGGCCCUUGCGGUAGAAACGGCACAAAGGUCCUACGUCAAGCCAAUCUCAACAUAGAUCAAUUGUUCGACGCGGGGGACGAUUUUUGUUACGGCUACGACGAAAUGCUGAAUAUAUUGAUGGACGGUCACAACGGAUCUUUGGAUAAAGAAUCCUGCGAAAUUUUGCUUAAGAGGGGAUUAAAACCGGCGAAGGAUAAAGAAAAUUGUUACGUAUUUACCAGAGAUCCGAGAUUGAGGAUUAACGCGCUGCCCUUUUUCACCAUAGAUGAAAUAAAGGAUUUCGCGUCGAGGAUAACUUGCGAGGUUUUGAAUAUCAGAGCUAACCGAGGUACGAAAUUCGACGAUCCCGAAAAUUACGACAUAACUUUGGAUGCGAUAAAACGUCAGGCUAAACGAUUCGAAAGGGUUGUCGUCGAGGGAACGCAUCACGUACAUUUAACUAACGCCGAUAGAAUUGCUCCUAUUAUUCUAAAUUUUCUAAUUAACCGUACGGAAUAGAUUUCAUUCUUCUACUUCAUGUCGAAAUGUUCUUCUUUUUCUCGAUUGGAUCGCUUCGAUUUCUUCUUUUUUGUUCUAUACAUCCGUGACUUCCACCCUUCCUAAACAAAAAAAACCAAAACCACCAAAGCGAUUGACCAAAUUUGGAUCAAAGGCAGCGACUGGAAGUUGUAGACUGCAAAAGAGACCAAACAAGAAUGUUUUGGGGAUAACCGCAGACAACAUCGACGAAAUGAGAACCUAACCUAACUAAAUGAACGUCCCGGUUCGCCACCCAUCUCUUGGUCAUCAAUAAUUGACGCCCUUUGUGCAUAAUGUAUACGAAAUUUCAUCAGGAUCCGAGGAAGGAUGUAUUGAAGACGCAAAACUAAACUUUCUUCGUCGCCAAUAUUGAUUGAACUGCCUUGUUUGUAGUAGGACGAAACUUUUCUUCUUCUUCCUUAAUAGAUCGCUGGAAUUUGUUCUUUUUUAUCUUGUAUACGAUUGGAUUUCAUAUCUAUUGGUAGUGGUACCAGUAGGACAAACAAAAACAAAGUUUGAUUAGUAGUCGAUUGGACAUCCUCAAGCGGUGAUGCCAUAUCUACGCAUUUAGAGUCGGUUUGUUGUGGAAUCGAUGGUGAAUCUUUCCUUAUGGCUUGUGUUGUUUUAUGGUUGAAGCUAAAUGGAUUCCGACAUCAGCGGAAGCGAUGCACGGAGUUCUAGGUUAGGAACUUCGUCACGAAAAGCACUACGACCAAAAAUAUUGGAAAUUAUGGGAGAAAGACGAGGAAUUUGCAGGUUGGCUUCAAGGAAGUACCAAAUCGUGUGUUUAUGCUCAGUUUAGUUGAAUUAAUAUUCCAUAUAAUAGCUCCGACGUUGAGAGGUUGUUUUCUGCAACUAAUAAAAUGAAAACCUUCCAGAGAAAUAGGAUUUGCACGGAAACUUCAGAGAGAUUGUUGCUUACUGAAAGAUCCAUGACAAACAACGCAGAAAAUUUGAAAUUUCAGAACAGCUCAAGCAUUUUAAUCUUGGAAAAUCUUCUACAUUGAGGUGGUAGAUAAUUUUGCAUUUUACAUUCUACCAACUUCUACAUUUGGCACGGAAUCUACUAAUUUUCUGAAAUUCGAGUUGGCAACGCUGUCUCCUCAACAACAAGAUCAUUUUCGUCGUCUUCUCCAUGCUGUGAUUUCAGUAGCAGUUGCAGAUGGUUUUGUAAACACCAAGAUUUUAGUAAUGGGGUCUUAUAAUCUCUUGUUUUAUUGGUUACGAAAUACUCCUGAUUCUCCAUUCCAGCUUCUUGUCUAUUUCAGAAAAAUAUCUUUGGUCAUUCAAGCUGUUCAUCCCCUUCGAAGCAUCUUUGACUGGUUGUUCCUUUUGUUAUUGUUUUUUGAACGGAAGCAAUCUGAUUGAGCUUAAUGCAGCAAAGACCCAGGAUGCUGUGGAUGAGGAUUUGGUCCUGUCUGGAGAUGGAUUCGUUUGUUAGGUCUUGAGGUUGGGAAUUAGCUAUUAACUUCAAUUUAUCAGACUAAUUUCUUUGGAGAAUUGCAAGUCUGUGGAACCAGCUACAAAGACACGUCUUUGUAGAUGAUUCGCUUUUCUCAGGGGACGCAAGGUGGUCAACCACCACCAAAAUAUUGUUCCAAGGGGUGUAGGUACCAAGAUGUAUUUAAUGUGCUAGCAGAUUUUGAUUAUUUUGUCAAGAAGUCAUUGCAUAUCUUCACACCAAAAUUUAUUAACAUACAACAGUUGUACUUGUAUCAAUAAACAUAUUUUUAUUCUGUCGUAUA